CAGGAUAAUCAGCUUCCUGUGGAUCUUACGAAGAGUGAACGCAUUCUGAAAGCUUUACGUCCAAAAUGUGUGAACGUAGAGAGCUGCUGACGACUCAGACGCUCCUCCAGCAAGGAGAAACCAGAACCAGAGUCAGCUAGGCCCUGGAGCUACUCUACAUGCUACUUGUGUUGAAUUAAACAUGGGAUAACAACAGAAACUUGCACUAAAUACAGAUUAACACAAAGUACUUCAGCCUGGCAUCACUUUUCUUAUGCUUAUAUCUGUUCACACCUGCUCUUGUUUUAUGCCCAAUUCAUUUGAACAAAUACAGUAUGUAUAAAGGAAGCUCCGGUGUCCAAGUUUAUCAUAAUAAAAUUGCAAGUUUAUCAAAAUAAAAAACCACAAGUUUACUGUAGUAAAACUAUUUAUCAUAAUAAAACUACAACUUUAUUGUAGUAAAAGUCAUAAAAAACUACAAAUUUAUUUUAGAAAAACAAUUUAUCAUAGUAAAACUACAAGUUUAUUGUAGUAAAACUAUUUAUCUGACUGAGUUGACAGUUUGGAUUCGGUAGUUCAGCCAAACAGAGAUUUAACAGGAUUUAUUACAAUAAAACAACUGCAGAGGAUAAGGGACUUUCAGGCAGGAACACUCUGGAAAASAGAGGACAGGUGAGUGGCUAGGACAGAUAAAGCCCUAUUCGUAUGGGAUAAGAAUUAUCUGGGGACCCCAUGUAAUAAAAAAAUUACUCUCCAA